CGUUACGCCGAACUAUGUAGCUAUUGGUUAGCCGACUUCAGUCCACCAAACCCCGACAGUUAACAGCUGAGAAGGGGCUCAGGGCAGCGAUUACACAACCUGGACAAGGAGGCCCCGUCACGAUGGUCCCCAUCUUCACACUGAAGCUGAACCACAAGAUCAACCCCCGCAUGGUGGCUGUUGGAAAGUUUGAUGGAGUGCACCCAUGUCUAACAGCAGCGACGCAAGCAGGCAAGGUUUUCAUCCACAACCCUCAUGAUCGCGUUCAGAGACCUGCGACCCAUCGACUGAGCCAGAGCACCCAGGACUCUGACAUCUCUCUUCUCAACAUCAACCAGGCCGUGACAUGUUUGACAGCAGGAACACUGGGACCAAACACCACAGGAGACACGCUUCUGGUGGGAUCGCAGACCAAUCUGUUGGCCUAUGAUGUUCACAACAAUACAGAUGUUUUUUACAGAGACGUUACAGAUGGAGCUAAUGCCAUUGUUUUGGGAAAACUGGGAGACAGCUCCUCUCCUCUUGCCAUCAUCGGAGGGAAUUGUGCUUUGCAAGGUUUUGACUAUGAAGGGAACGACCACUUUUGGACAGUAACUGGUGAUAACGUCAGGUCUUUGGUGCUUUUUGACUUCACUGGAGAUGGAAAAAAUGAGCUUCUUGUUGGUUCUGAGGACUUUGACAUCAGGGUUUUCAAAGAGGAUCAGCUCAUCUCAGAACUGAAUGAAAAUGAGACAGUGACGUCGUUGUGUCACAUGCAUGGCAGCAGGUUCGGCUACGCUCUGGCUAAUGGCACAGUUGGAGUGUAUGACCGCGCAGCCCGCUACUGGAGGAUUAAGUCUAAGAACCAUGCAAUGAGCAUCCAUGCCUUUGACUUGAAUGCUGAUGGAGUUGUGGAACUCAUCACUGGCUGGUCCAAUGGAAAGAUCGAUGCGCGAAGCGACCGAACAGGUGAGGUCAUCUUUAAGGACAAUUUCUCCUCAUCUGUAGCCGGAGUGGUGGAGGGAGACUACAGGUUAGAUGGGCAGGUACAACUCAUCUGCACCUCCAUAGAAGGAGAAGUGCGUGGCUACCUGCCUGCCAGUAAGGACUUGAAAGGGAAUCUGAUGGACUCCAACGCUGAGCAGGAUCGCAUUCGGGAGCUCAGCCAGCGCAGGCAGAACCUGCUGCUGGAGCUGCGUAACUAUGAAGAAAAUGCCAAGGGCGUGCCACAGACAAACAGUGGGAUGGGGGUAAUACCAGCCAACACUCAGCUGCAGACAACGCUGUCUGUCAGAGCUGCUACGGAGGCCCAGAAGGCUCAUGUAGAGCUUAGCAUCUCAACUCCAAAUGAAACAAUCAUCCGUGCGGUUCUCAUCUUUGCUGAGGGAAUAUUUGAGGGCGAGAGUCACGUUGUCCAUCCAAGUGUCCAGAACCUGUCGGGCUGUGUCCGAGUCCCCAUCAUCCCCCCUAAAGACAUACCAGUGGAUCUGCACAUCAAGGCCUUUGUUGGAGGGAGGACCAGCACUCAGUUCCACGUGUUUGAAAUCACUCGGCAGCUGCCGCGUUUCUCCAUGUAUGAGAUCACAGAGGACUCGCCUGCCGCUCCUGCUGGAACAGUUUCCUUCAGCAUCAACGAGCGACCGCAGAGGGUGGUAAUGUGGCUCAAUCAGAACUUCCUGCUUCCAGAGGUGGUCGAGAGUCCAAAUGUUACAUUUAAUUCCCUCCGUGGAGGAGGACUCAUGUCUUUUCAUAUGGCCAGUAACGGACAGAUCACCCUGAGGACCGAUGAUAUUGAUCUUGCGGGCGAUCUGGUUCAGUCCCUCGCCUCUUUCCUGGCGAUGGAGGACCUGUCGGUGGAAGCAGAUUUCCCAUCAUACUUUGAGGAGCUUCGUACAACGCUCACUGAGGUGGACGAGUUUCACUCUGUGCAUCAGAAGUUAACUGCUGACAUGGCCGACCACUCCAACCACAUCAGACACAUGUUGGUCCAGGCAGAGGACGCUCGCCUCAUGGCUGACAUGAAAACAAUGAAGAAGCGUUACAGGGAGCUGUUUGAUCUGAACAGGGAUCUGAUCAAUGAAUACACCAUCCGCUCUAACAAUCACAACGCCCUUCUGGCUCGCCUCAAGUCAGUCAACCAGGCUAUCCAACGGGCCGGCCGACUCCGAGUGGGUAAACCCAAGAACCAGGUGAUCGCCGCCUGCCGAGACGCCAUCAAGAGCAACAACAUCAACGCGCUCUUCAGGAUCAUGAGGGCCGGCACGGCUUCUUCUUGAGGACAGAGUGCAGGAAUCAGCCAGCUAGCUGGAUGUUGAUGAGUGCUAGAAAGGAAAGGAAAACACAUAACAUGUGCAAAAGAUUGUAGGCGUUUGGGACAAACAUUCACUCAGCCUUAAAUGUAACGAGGCAGCACCUCGGGGGAACAGAGAACAAACUUAGAGCUGCAGUUUAGCUGUGUGGCUGGUUAGAAAGCCCUGAUGUAGUUCAGCAUAGCUUUCCACAGUCUAACCGGGCUCACAGUUCUGUCUUUUAGCGCCGUUUUAGGUGAUGGUGCACAAAACAUUGAAGCUUCGUGACAGAGCCAUCAGAACGUUUUCACCAAACGACUAUGCUGGAUGUGGUCUCUGUUCAUUGGGUCCAGCUGCAGUGAGGCGCGCAGCUGUUGGGUCGGAGCGGGUAGCUCUCCCAGUCAUUGUCUUUUUUUUUUUAGCCAAAGGAAAUUGUGUGAUGUUUCUAUUGGAAAGAGUGUGAUCGUGUGUAUAUCUUGUUUACCUUUUGUAGAUUGUUUUUGUGAUUGCUGCAGCGUUCUUAUUAAAAUGUAUUAAUGUUUCAGA